CAAAAAGCUGCUUCAAUUAGGUUUUGGAGUUAUUUGGGUUUUUUAGCCUCCGAUUACUGUUUUGCUGCGCCAGGUGUUUGCUCAAACAAUUUUUUUUUAAUGUGUGUUUUGUUGUUGUUGUUGUUGUUCUUCUUAUAAGGUUACUGAUUCAUUAAUUGUUAUUCCCCAAUUUUAGAUAUAUAACUAACUAGUCGCUUUCUCUUAUUAGUUAUUGUGUCUCCCCCAAUCUUAUCUCGUGCUAUAUAGUUAGGUGAUGCGUUUUUUUUUUUUUUUUUGAAGGUUUGUUAUUGGUUUUCAUUCUGGUCCUUUGCUGCUGGUGUUGGUUUGAUUUGUUAGUAAAGUGGAUAUCCCAUUUCUUGUUGGUUUGGUUUUUACUUAUUUAAAAGAUCAAAUAGAAGAUUGACAAGUUAGGAAGCACUAUGAAGAAUAUAUAUUUUUUUUUUAAUAUGACAUUGCACUCUAACUUCCUCCCAGUCUCCCACCACCAAAUCACUCAAUAUUUUUUGUCUUAUGUUAUGAUGAACUUAGAAGAAUGUCUUAAGGGGCCUUUUGAAGUAACUCCUUAUUAGGCAUAGUACAACAUUCACUCGAACUUCAUCCCUAUGACUAAAGAUUCAUUUUGAAAUAAAUGUGAUUCUUGGUACCUAUUUGGUAAACUAUUUAGGCAAGAUAUUCUCCUGUUAACAUUGUGAUUUUUGGAUUUUAUGAUCUUCAUCUCUAGCAUGUAUGUCUUUGUUAUUCAGCAACAAUGGAAGUGUUGCUCUGCCUGACAACUUGCUUUUGUCAGAGUAAUUUAUUUGGCUGGCAAGUUUUUAAAUUUCUUUACUUGAAACUUAGUUUAUUGGAUCGUUUUUAAUGAAAUAUAUUAUUUUAUAAUGUGAGGAGUGAGUUGAACGUAUGGGUUUAUUGAAUACCUGUACAAGUAUUUAUUUUCUCUUACUUUCCUAGUUAUUACUUGAAGUGUCAUUCAUAAUUUUGGCUACUGGAUGCUUGACACGAAAAAGUUUUUUUUUUUGGGUCCUAAAUGUUGAUAUUCUGAAUGCCUAAAACAUGGUCUCAUGCUUAUAUAUGUUUCAUCAAAAAAUGCAGCUAGCUAUUCAGGAAUCAUGGCUAGGGUUUUGGCUCAGUCAAUUAAUGUCCCUGGCCUAGUGGCUGGGCAGAGGAACAAUCAACAUAAAGGAUCAGGAAAAUUAAAAAGAUCAGUCAAAAUGAUGUGUGCUUUACGAACAAAUGGAUUAAGAAUGUCAGGUUUCUCAGGACUUCGUAUCCUUAAUCCUUUGGAUACUAUGUUGAGACCUGGACUAGAUUUUCAUUCUAAGGUGGCAAUUGCUACUUCUUCACGGCGAGCAAGGGCUACAAGAUGCAUACCCAAAGCCAUGUUUGAGCGUUUCACAGAGAAAGCAAUCAAAGUAAUUAUGCUAGCCCAGGAGGAAGCAAGACGUCUUGGUCACAAUUUUGUUGGAACAGAGCAGAUUCUAUUGGGUCUUAUUGGUGAAGGCACUGGUAUUGCUGCUAAGGUUCUAAAGUCUAUGGGAAUCAACCUUAAAGAUGCACGUGUGGAAGUAGAGAAGAUAAUUGGAAGGGGUAGUGGAUUUGUCGCCGUUGAGAUUCCAUUUACUCCCCGUGCAAAGCGUGUUUUGGAACUUUCACUGGAGGAAGCUCGCCAACUUGGUCACAAUUAUAUUGGUUCUGAGCACUUGCUCCUGGGUCUUCUCCGAGAGGGUGAGGGUGUAGCAGCACGAGUUCUUGAAAACCUGGGUGCUGAUCCUACUAAUAUUCGCACUCAGGUUAUUCGCAUGGUGGGUGAGAGUGCUGACAGUGUUACUGCUACUGUCGGCUCAGGUAGUAGUGGCAAUAAGAUGCCUACUUUGGAGGAGUAUGGCACCAAUUUGACCAAGCUAGCAGAGGAGGGAAAAUUGGAUCCUGUUGUGGGAAGGCAGCCACAAAUUGAACGUGUCACGCAAAUUUUAGGCCGUCGCACCAAAAAUAAUCCUUGUCUUAUUGGAGAACCUGGUGUUGGGAAGACAGCAAUUGCUGAAGGUCUUGCUCAGCGGAUUGCAAAUGGUGAUGUUCCUGAAACCAUAGAGGGAAAAAAGGUUAUAACCCUCGAUAUGGGUCUGCUUGUAGCUGGAACUAAAUAUCGUGGUGAGUUUGAAGAGAGGUUGAAGAAACUGAUGGAAGAAAUCAAACAAAGUGAUGAAAUAAUACUUUUUAUCGAUGAAGUGCACACUCUAAUUGGAGCGGGAGCAGCUGAAGGGGCAAUUGAUGCUGCUAACAUUCUAAAACCAGCCCUUGCAAGAGGUGAACUACAGUGUAUUGGAGCCACAACAUUGGACGAAUACAGGAAGCACAUUGAAAAAGAUCCAGCUUUGGAGAGACGAUUCCAGCCCGUCAGAGUGCCUGAGCCAACUGUAGAUGAAACCAUACAAAUACUGAAAGGACUUAGAGAACGCUAUGAGAUUCACCACAAGCUCCGUUAUACUGAUGAGGCUCUUGUAGCUGCUGCGCAGCUGUCUUACCAGUAUAUCAGUGAUCGAUUUUUGCCCGACAAAGCUAUAGAUUUGAUUGAUGAAGCUGGUUCACGAGUCCGGCUUCAACAUGCACAGUUACCUGAAGAGGCGAGAGAACUUGACAAAGAAGUUAGGCAGAUUGUUAAGGAGAAAGAAGAAGCUGUUCGCAACCAAGACUUUGAAAAGGCUGGAGAGCUACGAGAUAGAGAAAUGGAUCUCAAGGCGCAGAUCUCAACACUUGUAGAGAAAGGCAAGGAGAUGAGCAAGGCAGAGACUGAGGCAGGAGAUACGGGUCCUAUUGUGACUGAAGUUGACAUACAACAUAUUGUCUCCUCUUGGACUGGUAUUCCUGUUGAGAAAGUCUCAACAGAUGAAUCUGAUCGCCUCCUUAAGAUGGAAGAGACUUUACACAAGCGGGUCGUUGGUCAGGAUGAAGCAGUAAAAGCCAUUAGUCGGGCUAUCCGUCGAGCCCGGGUUGGAUUGAAGAACCCUAAUCGUCCAAUUGCCAGCUUCAUUUUUUCUGGUCCAACUGGUGUGGGGAAGUCUGAAUUGGCCAAAGCAUUGGCUGCAUACUACUUUGGCUCUGAAGAAGCCAUGAUUCGGCUUGACAUGAGUGAAUUUAUGGAAAGGCACACUGUCUCCAAACUUAUUGGUUCACCUCCUGGAUAUGUUGGCUACACCGAAGGUGGUCAAUUGACUGAGGCAGUUCGGCGUCGUCCUUACACUGUUGUACUCUUUGAUGAGAUUGAGAAAGCCCAUCCUGAUGUAUUCAACAUGAUGCUUCAGAUCCUGGAAGAUGGAAGACUAACAGACAGUAAGGGCAGAACUGUGGAUUUCAAGAACACACUUCUUAUUAUGACAUCAAAUGUUGGAAGCAGUGUGAUUGAGAAAGGAGGUCGCAGAAUAGGAUUUGAUCUGGACUAUGAUGAGAAGGAUAGCAGUUACAAUAGAAUCAAGAGCUUGGUGACUGAGGAGCUAAAACAAUACUUUAGGCCAGAAUUUUUGAAUAGGUUGGAUGAAAUGAUUGUUUUCAGGCAACUCACAAAACUGGAGGUGAAGGAGAUAGCUGACAUAAUGCUCAAGGAGGUUUUUGAGAGAUUGAAGAAGAAAGAUAUUGAACUUCAAGUGACAGAAAGAUUUAGGGACAGGGUGGUUGAGGAAGGUUAUAAUCCAAGUUAUGGAGCUAGGCCUCUAAGAAGAGCCAUAAUGAGACUUUUGGAGGACAGCAUGGCUGAGAAGAUGCUUGCUAGAGAGAUCAAAGAGGGUGACUCUGUUAUAGUGGAUGUUGAUGGUGACGGUAAUGUGAUUGUGCUUAAUGGUAGCAGCGGUGCCCCAGAGUCGUUACCAGGUGCUCUUCCUGUAUAACGUGGUUAGCUUUGCUAAUAUAUGCACUUAUUCAUUUAAACCAUGGUUAUAGUCUGAAUCUGUAUUACUUGUCAGUGGACCUAAAGCUUUUAAUUGAUUACUUGCAAGCCGAGUCAUGUUUGUCCAUGGCCUAGCAAAACAAGUGAGGGUUACCGAGGGGCAUAGGGGAAAACUGAAAAGGGUAUGUCGAGAUAAUGUAAAAUAGCGCAGUUUAUUAUAACUUGGACAGUGCAUCAAUGAACUAUUUCGUUGGAAGAUGGGAUGUUUUAUUUUUCGAUGGUAAGACCAUGGUGAUGUAACAUCCCAGCAUUACUGUAUAUUAUGAUUAUGUAGUAUUCGUUGCUUGAAGUCGCAAUACAUGUAUUGAUACUUCUAGUAUAAAGCAUAAAUCGCAAAUUCAA